CUCUUUCGGAACAAAUGAACCAACCCGACCAAUUAUUACCCUGUGAAAUACGUGCUUACCUCCACCAUCUUCUUCAUUCCAUAGGCGGAUUUCCGGGAAAACGCAAGCGCGAAUCUGGCACCACCUGAUCUUUAAACAGAUCAGCCAAUUUCUCAAUCGCACGUUGACGAUGGCCAUGGGCCGGCCAUAUAUGCCUCUGCGGAGGUCCCUUUGUCAGAUCUCUCCUCGAGCCUCUUGCAACCCUCGUGGCGUCUGUGGACAGUUUCGCAGAUAUUCAUCAGACCAAAAGCCGCGCGAAGCUAAACCCUUCACCGUGUGGAGGCCAUACCUGCGACUAGCCAUUGGUGUUCCAUUCAUCGCUGCUUUAAUUUAUUCUAUGAUGACCGGUGAGGUAACCGAACUCGACUCGCCGUCGAUUGUGGAGCUCGAUGAGGCAUUGAAGAAGCAAGCAACGAUCAGUGAGACGUCACCUAUGCGCCUGCGCAUGGAGAAAUUGAUUAAGGAACAUCAGCAGAAGAUUGUGGAAGAGCUCAGCAGGAUAGAUGGAAAGCAAUUCAAGAGCGACGAGUGGAAGCGGCCCAAUGGGGGUGGUGGGAUUUCCUGUGUUCUUCAGGAUGGGAACGUCUUCGAGAAAGCUGGAGUCAACGUAUCAAUCGUCUACGGAGAGUUACCUCGUCCUGCUAUCGAGAAGAUGCGAGCCGAUCACAAGUCCUUUGUCGGAGCUGAUGUGGACUCGCUGAGCUUCUUCGCCGCUGGUCUCUCUCUAGUCCUGCACCCACACAACCCCAUGGCUCCGACAGUCCAUCUGAACUAUCGUUACUUCGAGACCUCGGAUCCCAAGGACCCAAUCAAUGGCGACAAGAACUGGUGGUUUGGUGGCGGGACGGACCUGACCCCCACCUACCUUUUCCCUGAGGAUGCCAAACACUUCCAUCAAACAAUCAAAGACGCCUGUGACCGACACGACGCCACAUAUUACCCCAAGUUCAAGGCCUGGUGCGACAAAUACUUCUAUCUACCUCACCGGCGUGAGUGCCGAGGCAUCGGGGGCAUAUUUUUCGAUGAUCUCGAUGCCAAUUUCUUAGAGUCCUCGUCGACUUCGUCACAAAAUCCGCAGGAGACGCUCUUUUCCUUCGUGUCGGACGGGCUUGCUUCUUUUCUCCCCUCAUAUGUUCCCAUCAUUGAGCGCAGGAAGGAUAUGCCUUUUACUCCGGAACAGAAACAAUGGCAGCAGCUUCGCCGAGGUCGUUAUGUGGAAUUCAACUUAGUUUACGACCGUGGUACCAGCUUCGGUCUCCGCACUCCAAAUGCCCGAGUGGAGAGUAUCUUGAUGAGCCUUCCUCGUACAGCAAGCUGGGCCUAUAUGGAUCCAGUGUCUGGAACUCGCACCGAGGAGCCCGAUUCGGAGGAAGCGCUGCUGACGAAAGGAAAGGAGCAUGAGAAGGAGAUCAUGGAUGUUUUGAGACACCCUAGACAAUGGGUGUAAUAGGAACAUAGUUUCCAAUUUCUCUUUGAUGUACAACAAGAGCGGUCCCGCCACUUUUUCUAGGAGACAAUUCAGUUUAUGUACCUUAUUGAGUCAGUCUAGGUUUAUAUGGUCAUGGAUACACAAAAAUGAGAGCCACAAUUUGUACUGUAAGAAUCGGA